AUGGAAGUUGUCCAGGAGCUCCACGCUGCUGUGGCAAAUGCCUGUGAGGCCUCCUUCGACAAUGCCUAUAAACACAUGAAAUACUAUAUUGAUGCACGUGCCAAAGAGGCAGAAAUUAAAGAAUCCAUGGCCAGCCAAACCCAGCGACGAUUAGAGACCAGAAUCCGAGAGCUUGAGCAUGAUAUCACGGUACUCCGGAGUGAGCUGCAACACUAUGAAGUUGAUACACGGGAUCUUGAACUUCCCGGGGAAUAUGCCAAUCUAGAGAUCGAAUUUGACCCGAAGAACCUGUGGGAUGAUGACCUGGAUGAUGAUGAUUAUCAUCAUCAUCAAACCAUUUGGAAGUCUCGGAAAAAAGUUGAGGCCAAAUACACCGCGCUUUAUACAAAUUUACAGACAUUCAUCCAAACUUGGAGUGGUCUCAAAUCCCGAGUUUUGCAGCAUAAAAAGAAGCUACAGCGAUGGGACCAGCAACUAAAGCGUGGAGAAUUCUCGCUUGCUCUCAAUGGUCAACCCGUCACAUUUCGCAGGGUGGAAAGUCCCAACCUUGAGAAUGUCGACGAAGAACACCCGGAGGCCCGAGGCUUGUCGAAGAAACGCUCAAGAGAGGAUUGUACAGACCUUCCUGCCAAGGCCGUCAGGUUGUCACAACAAAAGUCCCAUGCAGAUGAUUUCCAAAAAGUAAUUCACGGCUCAACAUCAGGGUCGGCCUCCACCCAGUCUAGCCCUCCUAGAUCCAAUCUGGAACUCUCCGGAUCUUCUGGUGCAAUUUGUCUACUAUCCAGUGUCCGCUGGCAGCAGACUCGGCAGAGGCUUUCCCCAAAACUUCCUGACAGGCAUCUUGUGCAUACCCAGUCGGAGGUCAUGAGCUCAGGGCGCCCUGCAGUUGUCAAAAAUGAGAUGUUGUCCUCGAGUCCAACCUGGAUCGGUUUAUUGCACAACAGUGAACAGCAAAUUGUAAGCACACAAGAUCUUGAUGAGAUAGGAGACACGAUACGCACACCAAUCAAACGGAAAGCCUACCAGGAUGUCAAUAUUGCAGACACUUGGAAUUCCGAGAAAAGUACAAAUAACGCAAAUCACUCAAUGCGAAUUCCGCUAGGCCAGCAAGUAUUUCAGCAGUCAUCUAUGCUCCAACCAGCUAACGGCAACAUACGCAGGGCCACAUUCUCUGCACAGGAGUUUUCCACGAAACGCCUUCAAGAUCUGGAGCGACGCGCAAUACCUGCUCUGGCAGAAGACGGUGAUGAUGCGAUAUCUAUAUGGACAUCUUCUAAGAUUGGUCCCGGUGUCAAUCGCGGACCUUCAGAAGUAAAGACAAAUGGUGGCUCUGCACAAAGACGUCUUAAAAAUCUUCUAGAAAGAUCGGCACCACCACAAUCACCACUUCAUUUGUCGAGCGAAGCCUCCGACCCAGACUCAACAAGAGCGACCUUUACACCGCAAAGUGAUCAAACAAUACCCAAGGCGUCAAGUCAAAUGGCCCCAGAUGUAGACCCCGAUGAUGAACCAUUCAGGGCAAGACCUCUUCGUCGUCUUGGGUUGGGGCAUUUUAAAAUCAAUCCGGCUAGAAAUCAAGGGCUUGAUUACGCAUAUGAUACAGUUGUCCGGAAAAAGAAUGACCGCAAAUGCAUAUCAGGUUGUACUCGCCCAGGAUGUUGUGGGGAUCGGUUCCGGGCCAUGGCACGCCUUGGGGGUCUCCCCGGUAAAUCUGGAGCAGAGCAGGAGGAAGAAGACCAGGCAAUUCUACAAGAGUUUAUGGGAGAAGAUACACAAUUGCUUCGAACCAUGAGUGGUAGAGAGCGUGAAAAUCUCCUGGUGGAAGCGAGAGCCAGGGCCCUGGCCAACCAAUAUGGACGACAUCGGCAUACUCAUCAGCGGGCUCAAUCCCCCCCUGGCUUCUGGCGGACUGAUAUGCCAGACACACAAGAGGAGGAGGAAGACCUUGAAGCUGCCAAGAGAUUGGAGCGUGAGAAAGUGGAAGAGCGAUAUCGAGAGGCUAUGCGCCCUGGGGGGUUAUGGACAUGGGCGGAUGAAUAA